AUGGAUUCAGACUUCAUAGAACGAAUCCAACGCAUCACUCUCACACUGGAGGAGGAGCAACCUAUUAUGGUUCGAGCGGUACACAGGGAGAAGAUUCUUGAGGAAUAUUUCCUCAGCCUCAUUGGAAAGUUCCUAACUACACGCCCUUUGAACCUGAAGGCCGCGAAGAACCUCCUACGCUCAGUGUGGAAACUUGGUAGUGAUCUAAAGAUAGUUGAUGUGGGGGACGGACUGCUUCAGUUUAAGUUCUCUUUGGAAAGUCAACUGCGAUGGGUUUGGGAUAAUGGCCCGUGGAGUUUUGACAACAAUAUCCUGGCUUUACAGAGAUGGGAGAAAGGCCUGACAACUAGGAUGGUAAGUUUCACGAGCUUGCUGAUGUGGGUUCAGGUGUGGGGCUUAUCGUUUGACCUUAUCAACGAAGAGGCGGGGUUGGACAUCGGACGUGGGAUUGGAUUUGUGGUCAAGGUGGACUGUAGAGCACUUGCCUCAGACCAAGCUCACUUCCUGCGCAUCUGA